CUGACACUGAUGACAGUGAGGACUGGAGAGAAGCCAGUGACACUCAAUCAGGUUUGAAGUCUGUGGAGAACGCAAAGGUUCAUGACUGUGGCAAGAAAGAUGAUCACGUAUCAGUGAUCUGCUCUAAAUGUGGGAAGAAAUGUUCUUCAAAAUCUCGACUGAAUCAACACAUGGAAUACUGCAGGGGACCUUUGACUUGUACAGUGUGUGGCAAACAUUUUCAAUGGCGACGUGAUCUGAAUCUUCACAUGAGACUUCAUACUGGAGAAAAACCUUUCAAAUGCUCUCAGUGUGGUAAAACGUUCGCACAAAAACGUCGACUGGCAGGUCACACAAGAAUUCACACUGGUGAAAAGCCUUUUAUCUGCUCUCGAUGUGGUAAAUGUUAUGUGCUGAGCCAUUACCUGAAGAGGCACAUGAAAAGUCACUCUGGCGAAAAACCUCACAUCUGCUCUCACUGUGGUAAAUGUUUUACCGUGCGCCAAUCCCUGAUAAUACAUUUGAGAAUUCACACUGGAGAAAAACCUUACAUAUGCUCUCAGUGUGGUGAAUGUUUCCCACAGCGAGGGACCCUUAUUGCUCACAUGAAAAUUCAUACUGCAGAAAAUUCAUUUAGUUGCUCUCAGUGCGGUAAAUGUUUUAUGAAGAGCCAAAGCCUGAAGAGACACAUAAGUAGUCACACUGUAGAAAAACCAUUCAGAUGCUCUCAGUGUGGUAAAGAUUACCUGCGGAACUGUUCCCUGAUAAAACACAUGAGGAGUCACACUGCAGACUAACCUUUGUACUGCUCUCACUGUGGCUUGUGUUCACAGAGCAGGAACUGAAGGACUCUCUUGAGAAUUCAUACUGGAGAAAAUCCUCUCCUCUGCUGUCGUUGACCAUGUUUACCUCACAGUUUCGAAAGCCAUAUGAAAUCCUUCGUCUACCUUUGGGUGAGAAUGUUUCUCGUGGUCCGAAAAAUCUGCCUAGAUAUUCUAAUUCAGGGGUUGAGUUCAUCAGCUGGGUUUCCAUCUCUUCAUCGAUCCCAUGGUGAUGUUUCUGGUCAAAAAGCCUUUCAUGUGGCAGUGAUGUGAACAUUACCUUUAGUUUAGUUUAUUUUGCUGCUCAGUUCUUUUGGAGUUUGAUUGUGUUCUUACUGCCGUGUUUUUAAAAUGCUAAAUGAGCAAAGCUUCCGAUCAGUUUUACACAAAUUCGGGGUGGACUGAAAAUCUCCUGUGUGUUUCUGUGUUUCUUAGAUAUUA